AAAGCGUUAUGCAUUCUAAAUAAUAUAUGUAUGUACUUACUUCCUGAGAGAUAAGAUGCAUAUAUAUCAUUUACGUCAUUGAUACAGUGUGGUGCUGCCAUCGUUGCAAGACUAUCGAAAUUAUGGGUUCAGUGAGAUUUAACGGGACCGAUAUGGGCUGAUAGGCCUGCAUAGCCCUAGUACGACUAUUUUGACAGCUGCUUCACUAUCCAACAUGGCUACUCUAUGCAAGAAUCAGUACUGACAUUGCGAUCCAGAUCUUCAAGAUUAUCGAAUAUUCAUCAUGAAGGAUUCGUAAGGCACAACUCAAUAUCUUGAGAAGUAACGGCACACUUGAGGUUCAAGAUGUUUGAAUCUCCUAGGAGUUUACAGGAAGUCUGUGUUGACUUUAUAUGUGAUAAUGUUCAUGCACUGUGCGAUGUUCAUCCUGCAGAAGCUAUUGGAGGAACAUUUAGUUCUUUAUGUACUGCUGCUGUUGAUGACCGGUUGGGAAGUCCUGCCUAUUUAACCGCGACAAUUGCAGCUAGCUCAUUAACCAGCAAUGCUGUAGCCUCUGGCUCUUCUUCCAGACUCAGUUUUAAAGAUCCUGAUACCUUUUUGCCAACUGAAAUAUCUGAGCAGCUCCUUUACAGCCUUUGCGAAAAGAAGGCUCUCUCUGAUUUGACUAUCACCUUGUUUGACUCAAAAAGCACUAGAUUAAGACAUGUGAGACUCAAAGAUGCUUCGAGCCUCUCUGCGAAAGGCUUGAAGAUACUCCGUGAGCACAAAGUCAUCGACUUAGAAGUAAAUGGUCUAAAAAUUACUGUCAAUGAUCUGAUAGGUUGUCUGGGAGAUUGGAGUUUGGAAAAUCUACGAUCAUUGAGUGUGGCUAAGGGUAGUUUUAUGGAUUGUUCUCGUAAUCAAUCCGUUUUUAGGUAUUGCGUUGUUGUUGCCCUUAAUAAAUUACGUGCUCUCCAAACUCUGAACGUAUCUGGAACAGAGUUUAAUCGGCAUGGGUUGGAGAUCGUUGUCGAGGAUCUUCCUCUCCUGGAGAACCUAGACAUUUCUUGCACUAGAGUCGAUGACAUAACACCCCUGAGAAAAUGUAAAGAUCGACUGAAGAGUCUUUCUAUGUACAAUCUAAAAAUAAGUGGCUGUGGCAAUUUGAUAUCCGUCCUGCUGGAGUUGAAUGAACUACGCAGCCUGGAUAUCUCCGAUGAGAAGGAUUCGUAUGCCUUCGAAAUGUUUGCACCAGUCAGGUCGAAAAUUACGGAUUUACUUAGAGCUGUUAAUUGUAUGCCACACCUGGCCAGUCUCGACAUAUCAGGUAGAAGACCUCUCCAAUUUACAGGCAAGGACGAGAUAGACACAAAAGAUCUAAAAAGAUUUAUUAAAGCCCAUCCUGACCUCAGGUUCUUGGGCCUCGUGCAUUCGGAUGCCUGUUACGAUGAUAGUCUUAUCAACCCCAUGCAUGAGGAUUACAAACCUGAUCUAAUUGUCAGUGGAACUGCGACAGAGACUCAGAUCCUGGAGUCACUUCGACGCUAUUGGUGUCGUCCCAUUUACGUACAGAAGUGUCUUUACAAUCUAUUUCGGCUAACACCAAGUUUCUCCGAGGCCAGAGUAGACGUACUAAAACUUGUGGUGCUUGGGAUGAAAGCUCAUCCCCAGGAGUUUCGUGUCCAAAUGGCUGCUACGGCAUGUCUUUAUAAUCUGACUAAGGGCGAGCUUGCUACAAGAAUUCAUCCAUCGAUAUUGAAGCAGAUAGUGGAUCUGACAUUAACAGCUAUGGAAUCGUAUCCUAAUCACUACCAGCUACAGAAGAAUACACUGUUGACCUUGUGCAGUGACAGGAUUUUACAGGAUGUGGCGUUUGAUAAAUAUAGGUGCGCACGGCUUGUAAUGAAUUGCUUGUCAGCCUUCGAUGAUACUUCCAUGAACCGGAUGUCUGUAGCUAUCUGCUCCAUCCUGGCAGCAAAGAUUUCGACCUUGGAAACAUCUAUGCUAGGAGCACAACCACAAUACAUGUCAAAACUCCUAACAAUGGUGCGCUCGAAGGUCCAAUUGAAAUGUGUUGACAUCACGAUGAAAUUUACACUGAGUGCCCUGUGGAAUUUGACGGAUGAAAGUGCGACGACGUGUAAAGUCUUUCUCGAAGAAGGAGGUAUGGAGCUGUUCCUCGAGGUUCUGGAAAAUUUUCAGGGUGAAUCCAGCGUGGAGACUAAAGUCCUGGGGUUGUUGAAUAAUAUCGCAGAGGUCAGGCAUCUUCGCCACAGGCUAAUGCAAGCCAGGUUCAUAACGAUGCUGUCAUCCCUUUUGGAUUCUGAGCAUAUAGACGUAUCCUACUUCGCCGCGGGUAUAGCAGCUCAUCUCCUAAGUGAUGGACCAGAAGUAUGGACAGUGGUACCAUCUCAACCGACAAGAGCCCAACUAUUAGAUCAGUUGGCGAAUGCAGUGACAAACUGGCAGACACCUCAGGGUGAAAUGGUAGCAUACAGGAGUUUUCAGCCCUUCUUCCCUCUUCUUCGAUGCUCCGAAGCUUACCCUGUGCAGCUCUGGGCCGUUUGGGCCAUUCACCACGUCUGUACAAAGAACCCAAAACGAUACUGCGGUAUGCUAGCCAAGGAGGGUGGUGCAAGAAUCUUGGAGGUUCUUGCCGAAGAAAAACUCGACGGUGGUACUCAGCCAGACGUAAGAUCCCUGUGCCGAUCAAUCCUGGAUGCCCUGAACUCUCAGCCAUGCUAACAUUACUCUGAGAAGAGACCCGGGAACCUUUGGUACGCUAGUCAAUUUUAAUCCCUUGACCGAUUUGCGAAGUUCUCUGAUCAUCGUCAUCCAGAAUGAUCCAAUUGGAAAGGAAACAGAUGCAUAAGAGUAUGCUACACCCUUCAGCUUAGUCAGGAUGAUACUCUAUGAAUCCCCGAAAUCAGUAAAUUUCCACAAUUAGAAUCGGUAACAGCCACGUGGAUGAUCGCGUUACCUUCUUGCUGAUAAAUUCUUAAACGAUCUCUAGCGAUCGUUAUUGCCUUGUUAUUAAUAAUAAUAGCGACGUGCGCGUCUCUGUAAAUUAGAUAGCUAGCAUCUCCAGGAAGAUCGAUAUACCCGGACUUGAAUCACCGUCUGAGGAACUUCUACUAGUGACUACGUUCCCUUGUCGAAAAGCCACCUAAAAUAUCCGGGUAAUUGUGUUGAGUAUCCUGGAGUACGUUAUAUAACGUUUAACGUUAAUCGUGUACGACACACAAGUGAUCAAUUAUAUCUAUUAAAAGAAGAUUAACCCUGUUAUUAUAUAACGGAGAAACGGAGUGCGGAAGAAAGAAAAAUGUGAAACGUGCAAUGAAAAGAAAUUAUACAAAAAUUACAAAGAUAUCUUAUGAUGACAAGAGAGAGGGAGAAAGGUAGAUGGUUGUUUAAGAGCGACAAAAAGUAACAGAAAACAAAAUAAACACAUAAAAAUGCUUUUUCAAAAGGAAA